GCAUUUCUGAUUCGUACAAACAGUCCCUUUAAAUAUAACUUUAAGUCAGACUUGCUAUAGACACUUAAAAUGACCUGUUGCAUAAAGCUUCCCUAUGAGUGAAUAAUGUAAGACUGGCUUAGAUAGCCUGUCACACAAUGCAUUAUGGGUAAAAUAAGACACUGCACAGAAGGGAAAAAUGGCGGAUGCAACACCACCUCACCAAGUACGGGAGAAAAUAACAGAAAAGGUAAACAGCAUAAAUUCAAUGUUAGAUGUUAAGAAACAAUUCAAGAAUAUGGUACAGGAAACCCAAGAGUAAUGGAUAAACAGUUGAAAUAGUUAACGCUAGCUAAAGGUUAGCUAAAAGAAAUAGAUAGACAGUUAAAAUAACGCUGGUUAGUAUAAAAAUUAACUAAAAGUGACGGGUAAACAGUUGAAAUAGUUAGCAAAAAGUACCUGCAUCAUGUUCAACAAUAAGGUUUGCACCAACACUGAAUAAACCCAAGAAAGAUCAGUUCAUAUUUAGCCUUUGUGUGUCUGCGUAUUGUCAUCGUAUCUGUUUUAAUCUUACUUUUAUUUUAUGUUAUGUACAGUGAGGGCAUUAAUACAUUUAUACGAGACGGUGUUCUUAAACUUUAAUGAUUAACCAUCAUUUCAAAGCAAAAUUCAGUUGAUAUCUUCAUUAUGUAAAUCCUUUUAAUCAUUGAUGCACACAUACGUAUAGAUACAUUCAGAGUUGAAUCUUUAAAUGCAAAAGCAACUCCACCACAGUAUAGAAACAGAUUGUGUGCACCAGCAUGCCGUGAGGAAAACGAAGGAUUAAUAGUAGCCGUUCUGUUACGUCCACUCUUUAUUGUUUUCUAUAUCCAGACUAGUGGUCAUUACUGGCUGACAGCAGCCUGUCGACAUGUAGGCAGGAAUCUUCUUAGCCUGCAGAUUACACCCAGCCUGUGUCUGUUUUCUCUUCCCCCCACGUAUACCUGUAUAGUGGAAUAUGUCACUGAAUGAAGUCAUAUUUUAACAGGGCACUACCAGAGGAAUAGAUUGCUAUGCUGACUAACAGAAUGACAGAUGCUUUGAGUGCAUCGCUGCUGAGUGACAGCAAACUGUCAGGGCUUUUGUGUGGCUGUGCUGCCGUCUUUUUUAUUUCAGAUGCUGCCAGAGAGGGAGGGACCCAUCCAUGCAGCCGCAGUUUGAGUGAAAAGGCACCUAGGAGGCAUCUUUGGGCUUGUCAGACACAAGAAAUCUAAUCCAGACAGCCAAGAAUGGGAAUUUGAAUGAGAAACCCGAAAAUAGCAGCUGUCUCUGCAUAAUUGGAACAAAUGGAAGUUGGAUAUGCGGCAGAAAAUAAAACAAGCAAACAACUGGGAUGUAACGCGACACUAUUUGCUGACAGUUGCAAUAAUCUGGGGGGGAGCCGUGCCACAGGCAGGCUGUUGUUUGUAGCCGGGCAGUUUAUAGUUUCCGUCAAACUGGCACUGAUCUCUGAUCUUGGAGGGUCGCAAUUAUGUGCCCCCCUACUAUUCCUCCUCCAUCCCUUCCUGCUGCCAUCCUCCCCUACUCCUUUAAACCCCCUCUGGUAUCCUAAGCAGCAUUUAAUUGUGAAGGGCUGAGCCGGGGAAGGAGUAAUCAGAUGAGAACAGAGGCAGGGGGAAUCACGUGGCUAUACACUGGCUAACGGGGGAUUAAUAACAGUGCCGUCUUGAUUGAAGUUCAGCUGCUCUCCCUGGCAAAUGGGAGGUGGGGAGUGACAGAAAGGGGAGUAAAAGAGAGUUGCAAAGCUGGAGGACGAACAGGGUUUUCAGAUGAGAGCAGAGAGUAACAGGGAGAAGAGACAAAAAAUGGGGAGAGAAGAGGGAAAUAGAGAAAGGGAGUUAGAGCAGUGAGAGGGAGUGGGAGGAAGAAAGCGCGAGGAUAGGAGGCAGCGCAGCGCAGUGUGGGGGGGAGAGAGGAGAGAGAGAGAGAGAGAGAGAGAGAGAUGUAGAGACAGGAAGCCUCCACUGCUACUGAGCCAGUGAGACGCAGGCAGGCAGAGAGGGAAGACGGAGAGAGAGAGAGAGCGAGGCCCUCGGCAUCUCCGAGGCCGGCCCAAUGAGGGGGUGAGGGGGCUCCAGAACAAUACAACAGGGAGGAUAGUGGGAGGAGAAGCAGAAACAGAGGGAAAAGAAGAGGGGAAAAAGGCAGGGCGAUAAAAUCAGAAACAGGCAUCGGCAGGAAAAGGGGAGUGGGUGGGUGGGAUUUGAGAUGAGGAGGGAAAAAAGCAGAUAAAAGUUUUGGAGACAGAGUCGGAGAGAGAGAGAGAGGGAAGGGGGAAAAGAGACUAAAGAUAGAGCAGUUUGAGUCUAUGUUGAUGGCAAAGGUAGGAGGGGAUUCAUGGAAAAAGAAGAGGAAGCUCUCUGUCUCAGGAGUCCUCCUAUUCCUCUUCUGCUUCUUCUUCUUCUUUCUGUGAGGCUGCUGGACAUCAUCCAUCACCAUGUUCUCUGACAGCAGGGCUCCAGCGCCUGGGGAGCAGAAAGGCUUCAAGCCCCACGCCCCUCACUUCAUCCCCUGGCUGCGCAAUAGUCUGAAGCCCCACCACAGCAGUGACCUGGGGCUCAAUGGACCGUACAAAUCCGGCUCGGAGGCCCGCAACAACCUGACCCCGCUGGUGAGAGCCAAAGGGAUCGGCUUCUUCUCCAUCCAGGGAAAGGACCGCACGAAGAAGGGGGAGGUUCGCUGUAAUGGCGUGGGGAUGGCGAGGAUGCUGCCAGUAGUGCUGCGGGGGCACCACAUCCUGCCAGGGAGUCUGGGGAAGCAGAGGGAGGACAGUCCUGCCAGGUGGAACCAGUCUCCAGUGCAGGACCCGCUCCCCAACACGGAGAGCAGUACGGGGGACGUGGAGCCGCAGGGUCUGAGCUCCACAUCUGCCCAGGACAACCACACCUUUGUUAGGAACCACAGCAGCCUCCUUCAGUCACAAAACGACGGGACUAGCACCUCAGUCAGGAAGUAUGGGCCACUAGUGAGACCCCCUCCUGUUCCUGUUCCUGCACUGCUCAUUGAGGAGCCAAACUGUAAGGUGCCUGUUGUGGUGGACAUGGAGCACAGGAGGGGGAAGGUGUGGGACUACGCCAGCAGCACCACCUACCGCAAGAGAGACCUCCAUUCAUCUAGCUGGGUGAGCUCAGACACUCAGGGACUAACAGAAAGGCAGCACGGCUUCACCUCCAGCGUCAGGAACUCCCAGAGCCAGAGAGACCUGAGGGAACCACCUGUGGAGGGUUUCAACGGGCCCCUCAAUGGAGUCAUCUUCUCCACCGAGGUUCCUCACAGAGGCCUGGGCUGCACCACGACACUACGAGGCCCCAGGAAACCUAGGCCAAGCUCGGAGCGUAUCGCCGCCCUGGGCCAGAACCAGACAUGGGUCCAGUACAGGUCGACAAACGAAGGGGGGUCACAGAGGAAGGAGUCAGGCUGCAGCAGGAAGGUGGUUCGAAACCAGAUUAAACGGGUGGUGGACAACCUGGAGCAGGUUCUCACAGCGCUGAGGGACGUCCACCAGGAAAUGAAAGAGGUGGUGCAGCAGAUUGACUAUCUAACCUCAUCCAUUGAUCUGAAUGCGGAGGAGCAGCAGGGGACUGACAGAGGCGACAGCGCCAACCCCCCCAGUGACAGCAGCUCCAGUUCAGGCUCCAGCUCCAGCGAAGUGACGGUAGGCAGCGUCCAUCGAAGGCCCUCGGAGCCUGAAGGAACUACAGACUCGUGUGGCAGCCUCAGGAGAGGUCAUCACAGCAGGAGUCAGUCUCCACCAAACGUGCUGCUGUGCCCGGUAACCUCCGGGUUUUCAUCAGAGAGGAGUCGAACUCUUCGGUUCACCUGCAGUCUGGGCUCUUCUUCUCCCAGACGAGCUGGGCCGCCCUGUGUCCCUUCAUCCAAUCCCCAUCAAAACCUCACCUCCCAUGACAUUACUUUAUCUCCCCAAAGAAGCCUCCCUGUUCGUCCUCCCACUCCUGGUCUCUCCCCUCUAACAGUAAACCUCCAUCACCCCAACAGCCCCGGCUCUCAGCCUCACUCCCCUGGGCCUCCCUCCUCCAUCAGCCCCGUCUCCUCUCUGUCUCCAAAGCCUCACCCACCCCCCACUCUCAGCCCGUCUGUCAUCAUAGAGAACAAAGUUGGGUCUUACCAGACCCCACAAAGAGACCACCCAUCUGCCGGUCUGCUCUCCCCAUCAUCGACCCAGCCUCCGUCUGCCAGUUGCCCACCCACCGACUCAGAAACUGUGUCCAGCGCUGACAGAGAGAGGCAAGCAUCCUCAGCAGGACCCGUCCACAGACCUUCACAGGUGUGCUGUGCCCCUGCAGCCACAGCGAAACCGCCGACAGCACAAGGCCGCAGAGGUCGCAAGCCUCCUCCGUACCCCCACCACGGACCCUCCGAGCACACAAAGAAAGUGAAGGAGCCCCGCAAAGCUCCUCCGUACCCUGAGAAAAGAAGGCUGCUCUCUACCACAGUGUGAGACAAUGCAGUGGGACGGGGAGGCUGAUCGAACCAGAGCCACAUUCAAAGCACCAGCCGCAAGAGUGAUUUAAGGCUCGCCAAGUUGAGCUGAGACCAAGUUUCCAAGGUGACAAGACGCAAACGCAA